UUUUUAGAAGAUGAAGGUUGGAGGAGAGAAAAGGUAUGCUCUUCUUCUAGCAGCAAAAGACUCUGAUUAUGUGAAGAAAGUAUAUGGUGGCUACUUCAAUGUGUUCCUUGCAGCUUUUGGGGAAGAAGGAGAGAUAUGGGACUUGUACAGGGUGAUAGAGGGGGACUUCCCUGACAUAGAUGAGCUCCAAAACUAUGAUGGUUUUGUGAUCAGUGGAAGCCCUUGUGAUGCUUAUGGCAAUGAUUACUGGAUUCUCAAGCUCUGCUUGCUGCUGCGAAAUUUGGAUGCCAUGGAGAAGAAAGUCCUUGGGAUUUGCUUUGGUCACCAGGUAUUGUGCAGAGCAUUGGGAGGAAAGGUUGGAAAAUCUUAUACAGGGUGGGAUGUGGGGCUAAGGAAGGUGAGUGUAGUGAAGGAGUUGGCCCCAUGCUGCUUCCUUGAUGAGUUGGGUGAGAUCCCAGCUUCCCUUUCUGUCAUUGAAUGCCACCAAGAUGAGGUUUUUGAGGUUCCACUGGGAGCUGAAGUGAUUGCAUCCUCAGACAAAACAGGUGUGGAGAUGUUCAGGAUUGGAAGCCAUAUUUUAGGCAUUCAAGGCCACCCUGAGUACACCAAGGACAUUCUUCAAAAUCUCAUUGAUCGCCUUCUCAAUAUGGAUGCCAUAGAGAGAGGUUUUGCAGAAAAAGUAAAGUUUGGAUUGCAGACAGCUGAGCCGGAUAGGAAGUUUUGGGAAAAGAUAUGCAGGAACUUUCUCAAGGGAUGAUAGUUUUUCUUUUACCUCCUUUCUUACACAUCCAGGGUUUCUCUUUUUUCUCUGUUUAUGUUCUUCCUCCACCCCCCAUCUUUCCUUCUUAGAUUAACUCAAAAUGGUUAGCAUAAACAUCUGA